AUGGGAAACACAGCAUCAGGUUUUCCUCCGCCUGGGGCAGGUGACGAUAAAAAUAAAGAUGACAAAGAUAAAGACAGAAAAAAGAAAUGGGAACCCCCAAUUCCCACUCGUGUGGGUAAAAGGAAACGACGUGGUCCUGAUGCAACUUCUAAACUGCCUGCUGUAUUCCCAACCACGCGUUGUAAAUUGAAAAUGUUAAAAAUGGAUAGAAUAAAGGAUUAUCUGUUAAUGGAAGAAGAAUUUGUUCAAAACCAAGAAAGAUUGAAGCCACAAGAAGAAAAAGCACAGGAAGAAAGAAUACGCGUUGAUGACUUGCGUGGGUCGCCCAUGGGAGUUGGGACAUUGGAAGAGAUUAUUGACGAUGAUCAUGCAAUUGUCUCGUCAACUACAGGACCUGAAUAUUAUGUCAGUAUCAUGUCUUUUGUGGAUAAAGACCUAUUAGAACCUGGAUGUUCUAUUCUCCUGCAUCAUAAGGCAAUGUCUGUUGUUGGUGUUCUUCAAGAUGAUGCGGAUCCAAUGGUCAGUGUCAUGAAACUUGACAAAGCGCCAACAGAAAGUUAUGCUGAUAUCGGUGGAUUGGAACAACAAAUCCAAGAAAUCAAGGAGGCGGUCGAGCUACCGCUUACUCGCCCCGAAUUAUAUGAAGAAAUGGGGAUUAAGCCACCAAAGGGGGUUAUAUUGUAUGGUGUUCCCGGAACAGGAAAGACACUCCUUGCUAAAGCAGUGGCAAAUCAGACAUCAGCCACAUUUCUUCGCGUAGUAGGGUCAGAAUUGAUUCAAAAAUACCUUGGGGAUGGACCAAAGCUUGUCAGGGAACUGUUCCGUGUUGCAGAAGAACAUGCGCCGUCAAUUGUGUUUAUCGAUGAAAUUGAUGCGAUCGGUACUAAACGUUAUGAAUCUAACUCGGGUGGGGAGAGAGAGAUUCAGCGAACUAUGUUGGAGUUGCUUAAUCAAUUGGACGGGUUCGAUUCGAGAGGAGAUGUCAAAGUCAUCAUGGCAACAAAUCGUAUAGAGUCUUUAGACUCGGCGCUUAUUCGACCCGGUCGUAUUGAUCGAAAGAUUGAAUUUCCUCUACCAGACGUAAAGACAAAACGUCGUAUAUUUAACAUCCAUACUAGUCGAAUGACCCUGGCUGAAGAUGUCGAUUUGGAAGAAUUUGUCAUGUCAAAGGACGAUUUGUCUGGGGCUGACAUUAAAGCAAUUUGUACUGAAGCGGGAUUGCUCGCACUUAGAGAGCGACGGAUGAAAGUCAUUGCAGAAGAUUUUAGGAAAGCACGCGAAAAAGUUCUUUAUAGAAAAUCGGAGGGAACACCGGAAGGACUAUACUUGUAA